AUGCGCGUUAACCAACUCGAUGGAGAAAUUGUAGCCAUAGAAGAGAGGCACUCCAAGGAGAAACGUAAAAAUGGAAAACUUGUGCAAGGGCACGACGAAUCAAAGGAGUACACAGAAUUGGGAAGAACCCCCCAAGUGCGAAAAGACUUAACGAGCGAAACGCAUCGCAUACGUGAGGACUACCCAGGUUAUGAGCAAACGUUCUAUCAAAAGGGGAGUCAGGGUGAAAUUAAGAUGACGGGAGAGUCCAAUGCGAAGGAGGAUACCUGGCUGAAACCGCCCCGAAACGAUACAGAGCAUUACAACAUCAUGUCCAGCACUGACACUGUGUUGUCUUCAGAUGACAGUGUUGCGGAUAUGUACGAAACGAACUACAAAUACUUCCUAGUGAGGAAAUUUUCUCUCAGUGAAGAGUCCCCAGGAUCAGCAUCCGACUGGCAAGAUAAUUUAAAGUUGGACAGGCCCAUGAGCCACCAAAAUGGUGUCUUCCAAGAGGACAGACGAAUCGUCAGGCUUCCCAAACCGUAUGGAAGGAGUGAACCACGCAAUGGGAAGGUUCUAGAAAAAAAUACCAUAAGCAACUUCAACCCGCUAGCCCAUAUAAGUACUAAGCACCAUUACUAUAACCCCUGUGCGAGGCACAACUGCAAUGGCAAUCACUUCAGUUAUGACUACCCCUGUGGUGUUCAAAAUGGAUCACUUCGUUAUGGUGGUCACCCCUUUUGUGAGCCGCAUGACGGUAAGUAUCUCCAUGCAGCAGACGGUGUUAGCCAAAAUGAGGGUAAUUUUUAUAUGAACAAAAAAUGCACGCUAAAAUUCGAUAAUUAUUUGAAGGGCAUGUACUUCACGAAUAGGUCCUAUAUGGAGGCAGAACUGAGGAAAAAAUGCAGCCAUUAUUUCCUGCCCCUUAGGAGGCCCUUCCGCGCAGAGGGUUCCAAUACGGGGGCCGCUUCCUCGGGUGGCCCCCCCCCUAAGCGUGGAAGUGUUUCCAGCGGUUCUAGCGGUUCUAGCGGCGAAUUCAGCGCUAACCCGGUUGACCCUGUUGACCGGCUCAACGGCCGAACCCACCCCCACGGGGAAAAGCAUCAAACCCGCUCGCACAACUUGAGGAAGGGGCGCAAAUGUAAAGGGGAAGAAUAUCACCGAAGAAAAAAUGCAAACCACGAGAGCACAUGUCCGAGCAAAAAAAAUUUAUUUUCCCAAUUGCUUAAAAAUCUCAAGCUGUUGGGAUAUGCCCUAUUUUUUUGCUUCUUCAUAAGCAACGAAAAUAAGGCAAUCAGGGAAAAACAGAACUCCACGCGCGGCGGGAAAAAGGCCUUUCCGAACUCGUCCUCCCUUAAGAGUGAAAGGAGGCGAAAGUAGGGCCUCGAAGCGGAGCUGGAGCAGGUCGCGUCGAAAAGGCGUACCAAAUGAAGACACCGUAGUGGGGAAACGGAAACGCAAGAGUUGGACCAAAUUGUGAAU